AUGAUCAACUUGGGCGCGGGUAAAAAUAAGAAGGACGAGGUCAGAUACAUGCUCGUGAGUGGACUCCGUGCUUAUUUCGACCAGUUUGAGGACGAGUCUCCAGCUGUAGGGAAUGAGGCGACUGACGAGGUGGAGACGAUGGAGGAAAGGAUCGAAGAGGAGACGAACCAAGACAGGAGAGCUAGGAGGGCCGAGGGGGUGACGGUGGCGUCAUCGCAGAGAAGUGCACGCGAGGACAAGAGGCGGAGAGACGGAGCCGCGGCAGUAGAAGAAGGAGCACCAAGGGUUGCGGAAGUAUCUUACUCCCGGAGAUCCCUGGUCCGGGAGAGGUCCGCCCUAGUAGAUGAACGGGCGAAUAGGGGAGGCCGUCAGCUCAGGUUUUCGGAACGUGUUAGGAGGUCUGCUCGUCGCGACACGGAGAUGCAGAGAGAAGGGGUGGGGACGUUGGCUGGAAACUUGCAGACGGACCUGGCGGGGGGAUUGGAGGAAGGCGAGGAGGGUGUAGAAGAUCCGCAGCAACAAGGAGAGGUGGGUGUAGAAGAUCCGCAGCAACCGAAUGACACCCGUGAUGCUAUGGAGCGUGUGGGAUGCGGCGCGGCAUGUGCAGACGUUGGAGUGGGAGGAGUGGAUCUCGCCUGCAAUCUUCGGCAGCGGACCGAGAAGGACGUGGGUUUCUUGAAAAGUUGCGCAUCAAGGGUAAAGCGGAAGGCGACCGAAGAGGCACGGAGAGUGGACGUCGACGAGCCAGAGGCGACCGAAGAGGCGCAAAAGAAGGUGGAUGAUGAGGCGCAUAAGAAGAGGGUGGUAGAGUUUCGGGAAGGCGGGGUGGCGGAGGCGAUGAUGCUGGCGAAUGCACAGGCGCCGAAAAUAGCGGAGGCGGAGGUGCUGCAAAAGGCUGACGCAGAGGCGCGGAGAAUCGCGGCGGUGGAUAAGCAGAGGAAGAAUGAUGCAGAAGCACAGAAGGUUGCGGAUGCAGGGGCGCAGAAUAAGGCGGCGGAGGAGACGCAGAAGCUCGCAGAAGCAGGGGCGCGGAAGAAGGCGGAUGCUACGGCGCAGCAAAAGUCAGAUGCAGAGACGCAGACGACAGCAGAUGCAGAGGCCCAUAGGACCGAAGAGGUCGAGGGCCAGACGAUUGCGGUUGCAGAGGAGGCGAACAUCGCAGAGGAGGCGAUGCAGAAGAAUCCGGAGGAGGCAUCGAAGCUUGCGGAAGAGGAGGGGAAGAGGAAAGAGGCCGCAGAUGCAUCGAAGAGAGCGGAGGAGGAGGCGAAUAGGGAGGAGACUCCAGAGGCGCAAACGAUCGCGGAGGAGGAGGCGAAGCAAAAGGCGGCUGCAGAGGCAUCGAAGAUAGCCGAUUCAGACGGGAGCAGAUGA